GAACGGUAGUGUACAGCAGUUGUGAUACAGUUUUUGUGAUUAUUUUUUAGCUAGUGACAGCAGACUGUGGUCUUGUUUCUGAGUAGGGACGCAUUUUAUACAGCAUUUGUACAAUACAAAACGAACCGUGGAACGAUACCAGUUUUGCAAAUUGACCCGGAUAGCUCAGAUAGCACUCAUUCAUUAGUAUAAAGAGUCUGUUCAGAGAGAGGUGAGAAUGUGGGAUUGGCUCAUCCAGGUUUAAGCUGUUGCCACUCUUAAUUAUGGGAAUCCGCUAAGGCUCAGACAUGUAAGAUCUUCUGUAAGAUACUUUCUUUUAUCUUUACGCUGGAGUGAUAGUGCAGGAAGAAUACGGUGUAACACUUCAAGAUGCUAGGCUGAUGUAUGGGGUGCUGUAAGAUUCAUGCUGGAUCUGAUGCUUAACAUGAAACAGACUACAAAAGAUUGCCGAGUGUCAACCCCACUGUGAAAAUGAGACCAUGGUUCCAGUACUGACUUCGAAAAAAGCCAGUGAACUACCUGUGAACGAGGUUGCCUGUGCACUGCAGGCUGACCUGCAGUUCGGUCUCACCCGGGAGGAGGUUACACGACGUCGCACCUACCAUGGAUGGAACGAGUUUGACAUUAGCGAAGAGGAACCCCUCUGGAAAAAAUAUAUCUCUCAGUUUAAAAACCCACUCAUCCUGUUGCUGCUGGCAUCUGCUGUCAUCAGUGUGUUGAUGCGUCAGUUUGACGAUGCCGUCAGUAUCACAGUGGCUAUUAUUAUUGUUGUUACAGUUGCCUUUGUACAGGAAUACCGCUCAGAAAAAUCCCUGGAGGAGCUGGGGAAACUUGUGCCUCCAGAAUGCCAUUGUGUUCGAGAAGGACGUCUGGAGCACCUUCUGGCACGAGAGCUUGUGCCUGGAGACACCGUCUGUCUGUCAGUCGGAGAGAGAGUUCCAGCCGACCUGCGCCUGUUCGAGGCGGUGGAUCUGUCAGUCGACGAGUCCAGUUUGACAGGAGAGACCACCCCCUGCACCAAGACCUCUGCCCCUCAGCCGGCUGCCACCAAUGGCAAUAUCACGUCCCGCAGUAAUGUUGCCUUCAUGGGUACGCUGGUGCGCUGUGGGAAGGCCAAGGGCAUUGUCAUAGGUACUGGAGAAAAUUCUGAAUUUGGCGAAGUUUUUAAGAUGAUGCAAGCAGAGGAGGCUCCUAAAACCCCAUUACAGAAAAGCAUGGAUUUGCUGGGAAAACAGCUCUCCCUCUAUUCCUUUGGGAUAAUCGGGGUGAUCAUGAUGGUCGGAUGGCUUCAGGGGAAGUACAUUCUAGACAUGUUCACCAUAGGCGUCAGCCUGGCUGUGGCAGCUAUCCCAGAAGGCCUCCCCAUUGUAGUGACGGUAACUUUGGCACUGGGAGUGAUGAGGAUGGUGAAGAAAAGGGCGAUCGUUAAGAAACUGCCUAUAGUGGAGACGCUGAGCUGCUGUAAUGUGAUCUGCUCCGAUAAGACAGGCACUCUCACAAAAAAUGAGAUGACAGCUACUCACCUGUUCACCUCUGAUGGACAGCACGCUGAGGUCACUGGUGUCGGGUAUAACAAUUCCGGCGAGGUAUUGCUGGAUGGAGAGGUGGUGCAUGGCUUCUCCAACAGCUCCAUCAGCAAGAUUGUGGAGGCUGGCUGUGUGUGCAAUGAUGCAGUGAUCAGGAGCAACACCCUUAUGGGCCGUCCUACCGAAGGCGCCCUCAUCGCCCUGGCUAUGAAGAUGGGUUUGGAGGGGCUGCAGAAGGAGUUUGUGCGUCUCGAAGAGAUUCCCUUCUCCUCUGAGCAGAAGUGGAUGGCAGUCCGCGUCGUCCAUCGCACCCAGCAGGAUAAACCUGGCAUAUUCUUUGUGAAGGGUGCCUAUGAGCAGAUCAUCCGCUUCUGUACUACUUACAACAGUAGAGGCGUUGCUCUGUCUCUGACCCAUCAGCAGAGAGAGCUCUACCAGCAGCAAAAGAGCUACAUGGGCACUGCGGGUCUCAGAGUGCUGGCGUUUGCUUCUGGAUCUGAGAUGGGCGCUCUUACCUUCCUGGGGCUGGUGGGCAUCAUCGACCCUCCCAGAGCAGGAGUGAAAGAGGCAGUGGCGACGCUGAUCAGCUCUGGAGUGGCGGUGAAGAUGAUCACAGGGGAUUCACAAGAGACUGCAGUGUCAAUUGCAAGUCGACUUGGCCUCUAUACCAAAGGUUCUCAGUCACUAUCUGGAGAUGAAGUCGACCAGAUGGACAUCCAGCAUCUCUCUCAGAUAGUGUCCAGGAUAGUGGUAUUCUACAGAGCCAGUCCUAGAAACAAGUUAAAGAUAGUUAAGUCCUUACAGAACAUUGGUGCAGUUGUCGCAAUGACGGGAGACGGUGUUAAUGACGCGGUGGCUCUGAAGGCAGCAGACAUCGGUGUGGCAAUGGGUCAGACUGGCACUGAUGUCUGCAAAGAGGCAGCAGACAUGAUCCUGGUUGAUGAUGAUUUUCAAACUAUCUUGUCUGCUAUAGAGGAAGGGAAAGGAAUUUACAACAAUAUUAAGAACUUUGUGCGUUUUCAGCUGAGCACGAGUAUUGCUGCCCUCACCCUCAUUUCCCUGGCAACUCUUAUGAACUUCCCCAACCCUCUGAAUGCCAUGCAAAUCCUUUGGAUCAACAUCAUCAUGGACGGCCCGCCAGCCCAGAGUUUGGGAGUAGAGCCUGUCGAUCGGGACGUGAUCAGGAAACCUCCACGGAACGUCCGAGACAGCAUCAUCACCCGCAGUCUGAUAGUGAAAAUCCUAGUGUCGUCCUUCAUCAUUGUUUGCGGGACAUUGUUUGUGUUCUGGAGAGAGCUGCGGGACAAUGAGAUCACCCCACGGGACACCACCAUGACGUUUACCUGUUUUGUGUUCUUCGAUAUGUUCAACGCUCUCAGUUCCCGAUCACAGACACGGAUGGUGCAUGAGAUGGGCUUAUGCAGUAACAGGAUGUUCUGUUAUGCUGUUCUGGGCUCCAUCAUGGGCCAACUCCUGGUCAUCUACUUCCCUCCCCUACAGAAGGUCUUUCAAACUGAGAGCCUCAGCAUUUUAGAUCUGCUGUUCCUGGUGGGCCUCACGUCAUCUGUGUGCAUGGUAUCGGAGGUCAUAAAGAAAUUAGAGAGACUCAGAGGAGGAGAAAAAAUGGCAGACACUGAUGAUUUCCAUGACGUAUGACGCACAUUGUGUCCCGUGCAGGAGAUGGGAGGGUGGGGCUGGGGCACGUGAUUUGGAAUGUUGCUCAGACCUGUCUCUUACUGUACGAAACUAUCAGUCAGGUCCAACCUGUAUGUACAGUUCCUUUUUAAGGUCAAGACCAGGAGCUGAUUGUGGAGCAUUGAACUGGUCCUGACUGAAAUGUCGUCUCUGACACGUGCUCUUGCGCGUCGAAAUGCUUUGGAGUGCUGCUUGAUGACUGUACUACUUCCCAUAGGAUCUGGACGAACUUUAUUUAUAAGAUACUGUAUCUGUCCCUACAGUGGCUGUACUGAAUUCUUGAUUUAAGGGAUGUAUUAUGAUUUUUGUUAUAAUAUUAUUAUUAUUAUUAUAAUUAUUAUUAAAAGGAUGUUGUGUCUUUUAAAUCUACUUUUGUUUAAGCAUUUCUGGUUAGAGGUUUGUGGAACAAUGGGGAUAAUGCCUUUCUGCAUUCCAGAUUCCAAAUUAUGCUUGAAUAAUCAUUUAUUUUGCAUUGGAGACUGUUGUAAGCUUGUGCCCUCUUAAACCAUGAGAGGAAGGUCCAGUUUUUGGUGGAACGGACCACUUAAAAUCUCAUGUUUUGGGUCUCAACGACACUCGGUGUGAAUUAAGGCAUACGUGAUAUGCUAAAUCGUCACAUAAUGUACUUUAUAGCAUCAUGGAUGCCAUAUUCUUUUUAUAACACCAUGAAACAGGCACUGUUUAGGUUCUGAUUUAUAGUAAAACACUGCAAAGGCUUUUCUUGUAAUCUGCUUUUUAUGAUGACUUUCUAUUUGAAGAUACAGGAUCCCACAUUAUGAUGGUGUUAUGAGACUACAUAGUCCCACUUUUUGAUUACCUACAACGUACAUGCACUAUUGGUUCUUAUAUCAGACUGAUGAUUAAUACAACUGGCUUGUACAGUUACUUAUCAGUUCCUCUGUAUUUACACAGUAUCAAAACUUUCUUCUUUCCUUAUAAUACUUCCUUAUAAUACACUGGUAUUAGGGCCAUCUGAAAAUAAAAUGCUUUUGCCUUUUCACUUUACUUUGGCUUUUUCUAUUGUGGUAUUCAUUUCCCCAUCUGUUUAGGUGAAUGCUUAGUUCUUUAAAGGUUUAAUGAUGUAGUUGUCAGUUAAAUGGAUGCUUAUUUUGGCUGUACAGAAAUGUUCGACUAACCAGUCCUGACACUACCCCCAAACCCCCCUCCACCCACCCAUGCCAAAAAACCUCAGUGCAGCCCACCGGCAUUGUCUUAUUCCCAUCUGCCAACACUGUAUCUUGUUAAUAAGGUACAGCUAAAGAUGAAAUAAUUGAGUUUUGCAGUAUGCGAUCAUGUUUGUCCUUUCUAUUGCAGGUAGUGUUUCAUUAUUAUCACUUUUGUCUACAUUUAUUAAUUGGUGAGAUUCCUUUUCUGCCCUUUCUGUUUUCUGGCAUUGCUGUUGCUUUGAAAACAAACAAUGUAAUACACUGAUAUUAAACAGUAUAAAAAUGUUAAAUGAAGGGUGAUAGGUAAAAAGCUUAUUUUUUGAUGUUUUUAAGACUGUAUUUAUUUUGUGUUUUGCACUGCUGAAACCGGUAAUCUGUUGUGGUCAUUUCAGAACACAAUUGUACAAUAAAAUUUUUACAAAUUUAAAAAA